CUUCCGCUCCAGAGACGGUGGAUGGACGCGCUGUGGCUCGCAGCGAGGAGGAGACGGAUAUUUUGAGAUUAAGUUUUUGCCCCAGACUUUAUACAGUGUGUGUGUGUUUGUCUGUUUGUGGACGCCUUUGUGACGCGGUGUGUCGGUAUUCUGCUGUUCGGGUUUGUGGUUUUGUGUUCUUUCCCUGAAGAUGAGCUCCGGGACGAACGUCGUGCAGGUGACGAACGUGUCUCCGAGCGCCACCUCGGAGCAGAUGCGCACUCUGUUCGGCUUCCUGGGGACCGUGGAGGAGUUCAAACUCUUCCCUCCGGAUGACUCCACCAUGCCGGUGACGUCGCGUGUGUGCUUCGUGAGGUUUAGCGAGCAGGAGUCGGUCGGCGUUUCCCAGCACCUCACAAACACGGUGUUUGUGGACAGGGCUCUUAUAGUUGUGCCCUACGCAGAAGGUGUGAUCCCGGAUGAGUCGAAAGCGCUGUCGUUGAUGGCACCUGCGAACGCCGUCGCUGGGCUUCUUCCAGGAGGAGGACUGCUCCCGACACCCAACCCUCUUACAUCGAUGGGAGGUGGUGUUCUGGGUGCUCUCGGUGGUCCCACCAUGUUACCUGGAACUGGCAUGAACCCCCAGGCGCUCUCUGCUGAUCAGAUCCUGAAGCUGAUGACCUCCGUGGAUCCCAAGAUGAACCCCAUGGCAGCGAGCAUGGGUCUAAAGUCAGACGCGUCCAACAAGGAAAUCGAGGAAGCCAUGAAGAGGGUCCGAGAGGCGCAGUCCCUCAUCUCGGCUGCGAUCGAGCCUGGCAGUAAAAAAGACAGCAAGCGCAAGCAUUCCCGCUCCAGAUCCAGGUCUCGAUCCAGACGCAGGAGAUCCCGCUCUCGCUCCCGACACAGGAGGUCGAGCAGCAGGUCACGCAGACGCUCCCGCUCCCGGAGCCGCAGACGCUCCCGAAGCCCCAGGAGGAGGAGAUCCCGCUCCAGGGACCGCAGCCGACGCUCCUCCAGCAGAUCCAGGGAUAGAAAGAGAGAGGAUAAAGACAAGAAACGCUCUAAAACGCCUCCGAAGAGCUACAGCACCGCCAGGAGAUCUAGAAGCACAAGCCGGAGACGAAGGAGGAGCCUCAGCCGAUCUCCCCGAAGAUCUCCCAAGAGAAGAGGAUCCAGGACACCGUCCCCAAGAAGACACAAGAAGGAGAAGAAAAGAGAGCGUGAAAGAGAGAAGGAGCGCGAGCGGGACCGAGAGCGGAGUCGCGAAGUGUCUGACCGCUCCUCCAGCAAAAAGAAAAAGAGUAAAGAUAAAGACCGAGACCGGACAUCCGAUAGCGAGAAACGAGAUGUGAAGGUGACUCGAGACUACGACGAGGAGGAGCAGGGCUACGACAGCGAGAAGGAGCGGGAGGCGAAGUAUUCUGACGAUUCGGGCUCCUCUCCUGCGCGCUACGAGGGCGACACCGAGGGUGACAGCACCAAGCACACCCCGAAACAGGCCAAGCAGAACGGAGAUGACCACCACGAAGAACAGGACAUGGACGUGAGCGACUGAGACCUGCGUCGAAACCGAAUGAACUUUAAUCGAGGAAUAUCGUCGUUUGAUUUGCUCUCACGGCUGUGCGUUCUUUAUUCAGCUCAGAAUUUAGCGUUACUGUUUCUCAUCGUUGCCCCCAUGAUCAUUUGGUUUCAAUAACAUAAGUAGAUGACUGUUUUAGUAUAAUUUCUCCUGUUUUUGGGUCUUAAAAAGGGAAGGAGUGAUAAUUUAUCAGUGUUCAACUCAAGUAUCUUUAUUGCUUUCCCUGAUUUCUCAAUAAAUGAUAGCGUGUCUUUUUUUUUUUGAGGGGGGAGGGGUUUCCUUUGUUGCCAACUCUUAAUACCACAUUUAAGUCUAACAGUACCCUCCUGUUUAGUCUCCGCAGGUCUCUUGUUUUUGUGUUGGAGAGUUUUUGCCCGUCUCCUUGUUUCAUUCAUCUGUUUUGAUAAUUUGGUGUGAAUGUCAUUUUUAAAUAGUUCAUAAGGACAUGUACAUGAUUUAGUGCUUUAUAUUCCUAGGCUUCAUAUUCAGUAGAUGGCUGUCCUUGACCUGGAUUUUUUUAUAUACUGUAAAUAAACUCAUGAGUCAAA